UAGCAAAAGGAAAUGACUGCACAAAAGUGUGAUCUCUAUUGUCACUUAGACGUUUUUCCUUUAGAAGUUUUUCAACCCUGUCAAAUACAAACCUUGAGAUGGAAACGUCCAACUCGACCAGCAGCAGCAACAACUCAACCAGCAGCCAUGAUGAUGAUUAUGACUACAACGGGACUGACAGCGUGUUAAUCAAAAUGUGUGAAGUUGAUGACUAUAAAAAGACGACAGCCGUCUGCUACGCCACGGUCUUCUGCCUUAGCAUCCUUGGAAAUGGCUUCCUCAUAUGUGCACUCACUUGCUACGAAGACUUGAAAAGGGUCACCAACCUUUUCAUGUUCUGCUUAGCACUUUUCGACCUUCUGUUCACACUGACGUUACCUUUCUGGUGUGUGGACUUUCUUCAUCACUGGGUUUUUGGUGACGUCGCCUGCAAGAUCAUGACCGGGGCCUAUUUUGUGGGAAUCUACGGAAGUCUUAUUCUUCUCACGGCCAUGACCCUCGACCGUUUUGUUGUCGUGGUGGUGAGAAGUUGUUGGCUAACGCGGAGACGGAGGCUCAAAUGUUCAAAAGUCGCCUGUGUUGGUGCAUGGAUCAUAAGUGUGAUUGCUUGCUUGAGAGAUUCAAUAGCCUCAAUGGCAGAAAAAGUCCAUGUCAACACUUAUGCUUGCAAAAGCACAAUCACGGUCGAUGAUAAUGUGGGAUAUUAUUCACAACUCAUUCUGCUGUUCCUCGUACCAUUUGCCCUCAUUGUUUUCUGUUACACCAAAAUCAUUAUAACUCUCAUGUCAACGCAGACCAGGCAGAAAUACAGGACUGUGGUGUUAGUGCUGUGUAUUGUUAUUGCUUUCUUCAUAUGCUGGGGUCCGUAUCAUAUCAUCAUCGUGUUGAUGUCCAUCUAUGAAUUUGAUGCCUGCAAACAUUACCAGCUGCAUGUUGCGUUUGUCGUCUGCAGAAUCCUGGCGUUUUCGCACUGCUGUGUAAACCCAGCGCUGUAUAUUCUCAGAGGGAAGUACAGAAAUCUCUUGUCCAGCUUUUUGUUCUGCUCUCCUGAACUCAGGACGUCGGGGCCCUACAGAGGAGCCACGGAUCCCAGCGACUCCAGGAUUCAUCCGUACACAAAUGAAGGAGCUCUUGGAAACUGCGACGUGAGACAAACAAACGCCACAGAGCUGAACACACUGUAAAAAUGGAGAAUGCAAACAUGAUGUAG